GUUCAUGGGCGACGUACACGACCAUCCGGUACUUCAUUACGUUCUCCUUCGCGGAUGCGCAUGAUGUCGAGAUCAUCUGUCUGGCCUUAGGAACGUCGUCGGCCGUGUCCCUCGCGCUCGCCAUCGCAUGUUACUUGCUGUCAACGUUCGCCCCCCUCUCCUGGCGACCGUCCCGCACACUCUCAGUCCUUACUCGCAUAUUGCUACCUUACUUAAGCUCUAUAUUCUUGAUAGCCCCUGCCGUAGUGAAUCUGGUGUUUGUCGUGCUGCUGCGGAGAAAGGAGAGUGUGUGGCAGGUGAAUGGAACCUGCGCCUGGGAUGUAGAUAUUAUAUGGGUUGGAAACGGAUCCUCCACCUGCGAUGAUGAGCCUCGAGCGACCUGGGCCGCCUGGCUCGCAGGUGCGAUUGCUAGACUAGUCCUGACAAUUGCUAUCUGCGUGUCGUACCAUGCUUUAUGUCAUGUCUACAACCGAGCGCUCAACCGGUCAAGAUCCCACGCGUCUCGACGAUAUCCGAGGCCUAUGCUCAUGGGCCCCCCUGUAUCGUUACCUGUCUCGCCUGCACUACAGCCCAUUCUCCACACAGCUUCGCCACCGAUGUCCCCGGGUAAUCUUUCGCCCUACUACAGUCCCAUCCACAGCCGCUCGACGCGGGCCAGCUUUGCCUCUGACACGGGCAUGCCCCCGAUCGGCGCCGACCGCAGAUCCCUCCGGAGCUCCCGGUCGCGCAUCGCAUCCACAAAGGACGGCCUUCACGCCCUUUCGAGGAACUCGCUUUCCUCUUCCGGACACGGCCAUCGCAGCACGGAGGAAGACGACUCGGACUCAGAGGAACGCGGGGGGAGCUCCGUGGAAACCGUCACCGCCGGGCCACGACCCGGUCUGUGGAGGAGCAGGUCGUCUUCCGACGGCGGGCACCAGAGCGGGAGCGAGCACAGCAGCAGACAUGGGCACGCCACCAUCGAGUUGCAGGAGAGCCAGGACGUCGAGAUGAUGGACUUUGUGGACCGCUUCCGCUCGCUGGUCACGCAGAUCACGCGCGAGACGGAGGAGGGCAUGGACUUCGCGCGCGAGGCGGGGGACGGGACGAUGCUCCGCCACCGCGUGAUCAGCCUCGACGAGGACAACUCGGAAGACUCUAGCUCGCGCUCGGACGGGCGCUCGAUGACGCCCGAGGACUAUAUCAGCAUGCUCGGCGGGUACGUGCGGCGCAUGCCCACCAUCGAGUCACUCGGCUCGCGCGAGGUGAUGAGCCUGGCGAAUUCGAAGGGCGGGCAGUCUGGCUCCCGCCCGCCGACGCGUGCCAAUACGCUCAGUAUGAGCGAUCAGGGCAGCCAGCCGCCGAGCAGGAGCAACAGCCUGAAUUGGCGUCAGCUCGAUGCUGUCGCUGCGAAUAAUGGCGCUGGGGAGAGCAUCGGACGAGAGGCGACCCCGCAGAGCCAUAGUCAUAGUGGGAGCGGGAGUCAACGAUCGGUUGUGCGGAGCGCGAGUAUCACCUCGCGACGCAGUAUUCUUACGACGAGCUCUCCGGUCGACAGCCCUGUUCAGAUAGAGUUCCCCGCAAGUCACGAACAGCUUGAAGAGAGCUGAUGUGUCAUUAUGGUUGUGUUGUCCUGCUUUGAUGUCUGUCUUGUUUUGCCGGACCUUUGCUCUUCGUAUACCCUUCUCGUUGAAGGCCUCCUUAAUUUAUUAAAUUUUAUUAGUCUUCGUCUUCGCGCAUUUUUGGUUUAUACGUUCAAGACUUCGCGGGUGAAACACGCUGCACCGCGACAUUCGUCUUUGCUUGUUCUGCAUGUCAAUCUACAUGAUUUGCAUCCUGCACUCUUCGUUCACCCUGCCG